AUGUCGACCGACUCGGGUCCGUCACCGUUGCCCGGGCUUCCUGGAUACGACCCUCAAAACAUUCAGCCAUGGACUGUCGAAGUUGUGGUUUCGGUGACGGUCCUCGCCGUACUCGCCGUUAUUCUCCGCCUCAUCAGUCGUCAAACGAAGGGUCAGAAGCUGUGGUGGGAUGAUUACUUGAUUGUCUGGUCGAUGUUAUGGAACCUCAUCGUCGUUGGCUUCAUCUUCGCGAUGCACUCGGUGGGGAUGGGCCUCCACGCAGACAAGGUCGGCGUCGACAACAUCGUGUUGAUGGCCAAGUACCUCGUCGUAGCAGAGGUUCUCUAUGCCUGGAACCUGGGCUGGACCAAGCUUAGUUUGAUGUUGAUGUACUACCGCAUUUUCCAUAUCCCAUUCUUCAAGAAGAUGACGUGGUUCGUCAUCUCCUUUGUCUUCGCCUGGGUCAUCUGCAUCACUUUCCUCUUCAUCUUCAUCUGCGUACCUGUCGAGAAGCUUUGGUAUCCCGACAUCCCGGGCAGAUGCAUCAACCAAGUCGCGACCUGGAUUGCCAACGCAGCCUCGACUAUUUUCACCGAUCUUCUCAUCUUGCUGCUGCCUCUCCCUCAGGUAUGGAAGCUGCAGCUGCAAAAGGCUGAAAAGAUUGCCCUGACCUUCGCCUUUGGCCUCGGUUUCUUCGUCGUCUUCACCUCAGCAUACCGAACGAGCGUCCUCUUCACCUACAGCGGGACCGACCCAAGUUACACUCUCGCCCCGACUGUCGGCUGGACCGCCAUCGAAAUGUCCGCCGGGAUCGUCUCCGCCUGCCUACCAACCAUCCGUCCCGCUAUGCAGCGUAUCGUUCGAGCCUGCGGUUUCAAGGGCAGCAUGGGCGGCAUGUUCCGCAGCACGACCGCGCUGGGCUUCGGCUCCAGCAGGAACAAGUCCAACUUCAGCAACGGCAUGUCCUCGCAGGACCCCCACACGAACAACGGCUCCCAGAUCGCUCGCAACCUCUCGACGACCAAGCAUGGAGCUGGGGAAGAUGCCUUUUAUCGGUUGCCUGACGACAACGGUUCUGAGGGUACCAGUCGCCAGCCUACGCCUCCUUUGGCAGAUUCAAAGCUCAGGCCAGAUACCACUGGAUUUGGAUACUCCGUCUCGAGUUAUCCUGUCAAGGACAAGGACGACAAGAGCGAUGAUGAGAUUCCCCUUCACGCCAUCCGCGUGCAAAGGGACUUCAAGCAUACGACAGAAUGA